ACGGAGGUGGCCUAUCAAAUGGAUAAUGAUCGAACCAAAGGGGCCGGGCAUAUCGCCACUGGCGUAGAAUAUCUUGCACGUUAAAUAAAAACUCCUUGAUAAAAAUACUUUCUGAAAGGGGAACUUCGUCUUAGUUUUUUUUUCUAAACGUGAGUGUAUUCAGCCAGUGAGGCAGUGCGGCUGACGGGCAGGAAGGAGGUUACGGACUGUUGUAUUGAAUAGUGGAAGGAGACUUUGUGCUGACGCUGGCUUGUGGCGUAAAUGCUGGAUUUAUUGUCGCGAGGACUGCCAGCUCCUUGAUUGUGUGCGUUUCUGGAGAGGAAUUCGAUUGUUAGAAAAAGGGUGGCAGCGGCAGUGGCUGGUGAUCAUGACAUAGAGCCCCAUGUCCCGCGCGGCGCACCCUGAGCCUCCAUCCACAACACUACUCACCUGAUACAUAUACUCUACCGAACCGAGCAUGCUCCCUCGCUGGCUGCUCGCGGCGGCGGUGGUGCUGUGCGCGCGGCCCGCCCACCCGCAGGGCGCGCAGCAGUGCCCGCCGCCCAACACCAUCACGCCCUGUAGCUGCUCCGUCAAGAAGAACGGGCUCGAUAUACUGUGCGAGUUCACUGAGCAACAGCAUAUACAGAAGGCAAUGAACACCCUGCGCUCGAAGCCGAUGAUCAUCUUCUACCUGAAGCUGCGACACAACAACCUGGCCAAGCUGCCGUCCUACAUCUUCCUGGGGCUGGACAUCCGCCACCUCACCGUCCACAACAGCAGUCUGGCCGUCAUUGAGGACUCCUCUUUGAGCUCCAUUGGUAACAAGUUGACACAGCUGGACGUAUCCCAAAACAGUUUGGCGACAAUACCGACAUCUUCGUUCACCCACCUGAACCAUCUACUCAUACUGAACAUGAACCAUAAUAGGGUGGCAGCGGUGCACAACCGCGCGUUUGUGGGCCUGGACACGCUGGAGAUACUCACCCUGUACGAGAACAAAAUCUCCGUCGUUGAUGGCGAAGCCUUCAAGGGACUGGAGAAGAAGCUGAAGCGACUGAAUCUGGGCGGCAACGAGCUCACCGCGGUGCCGCAGAAGGCGCUGGCGCUCCUCGAGAACCUGAAGAAGCUGGAGAUGCAGGAGAACAGGAUCUCCACCAUCACGGAGGGGGACUUCGCUGGUCUCCGCAGCCUGGACUCGCUCGGACUAGCUCACAACCAGCUGCGCGAGGUGCCGGCGCAGGUGUUCUCGCACCUCGCCUUCCUCAACUCACUGGAGCUGGAGGGGAACCUCAUACAGAGGAUCGAUGACAAAGCCUUCUUUGGACUUGAAGAAAACCUACAAUACCUCCGCCUCGGCGACAACCGGCUGCACGAGAUCCCCUCCGAGGCGCUGCGGCCGCUGCACCGGCUGCGGCACCUGGACCUGCGCUCCAACAACAUCACCUACAUCAGCGAGGACGCCUUCACCGGCUACGGGGACUCCAUCACCUUCCUCAACCUGCAGAAGAAUAUGGUGCACCAACUGCCGACAAUGGGCUUUGAUAACCUCAACUCCCUGGAGACACUGAACCUUCAGAACAACAAGUUGCAGCACAUCCCUGAAGAAAUCAUGGAGCCUAUACUCGACACGCUGAGAGUGGUCGAUAUUAUGGACAACCCUCUGAUCUGCGACUGCGAGCUGGCGUGGUACGAGGCGUGGCUGGCGGGGCUGCGCGACCGCGACGACGAGAUGAUGCAGAAGAAGCGCACCGUCUGCACCAUGGUCAGCGAGCACCGCGAGUACUCCGUCGCCAAGAUGCCGCUGGAGAAGAUGAACUGCAAGAGGAAGCCGGCGUAUGGACGCACCUCAUUGGCCAGCAAAUUCAAGGCUAAUUUUGCUACCACGGUGGUGAUACUCGCCGUCGCGUGGGUGUAAGUGCAUAAGCGGGUUUUGUCUUUUAUUUGUUAGUUUUUUUAUUGUCCCUGUGUUUAGUUAGAAGAGGCACCCUCAGGCCAGCUGUGGCCGGGUGGCCUGACCGCGCCUCUUCGAAUGUUUUCCAAUAAUUUCAACGUAACAACGUAUUGCGAUAAAUAUACGAUACAUAUCAAUUUUGGGCUGAGUAUUAGUAAAAUUAGAAUCUUUCGGAGUUUGUGAUAUCUAAAAAGGAGGUUUUGUAAGAUUUGUAGGCGUGUUUUGAUAAUGGAGUGGUUUUAGGGAUGCUCUUAAGGUUUGCCUUACUAAUGAUGAGUAAAUGUGACAACCGGAUGUAGUGUUCUACGUGAAAUCUUAAAGUAAAAUUCAAAACCUUAUAGAAAUUUGUACUAUGUGGAACUAAAAAAAUAAAAAGGUAAUUUAUGGAAGCCUUUAAAAUUUUAAUGCUAUAAACGGAUAGCAAGAACCAUUUGUUUUAUUCUUUAUGGCCUUUUAAAAUAUGAAACAUUAAAUAUUUUGUAUCGGUUUACCCUUGGCCUUCGUGAAGUAAUAAUGUACACCUAUUAGUCAAGCUUUUGUGCAUUUAAGAUGUUGACUAUUAAAAUAUCCUUAGAUAUAGGUAAAAAAAAUAUUGGGGCUCUUUAUUUUCAAGACACAACAUUUCUUAUAGUCUCAUAUUUCCAUACCAUUAACUGUAUGAAUUAUAUACGUAUUUACAGGUUAAUUACAUAAUAUUUGAAUAAAUCAGCUACAGUCUACAAGAUAAUAUUGUUAUGAUCAAAAUAUAAUUUUCAUUUUCUCAGUAAGUAGUUUUUGUUUUAAUUUAGUAUUAUUAUCACAAUACUUGUUUUACAAGAGUCAAUACUCUCAAUACAUAUAUUUACAUCGUAAUUAUGUUAAAAUGAUUGAUCACUCACACAUUUAAGAGCUCCGUCGUUCGAUUUUGGGUAGUUUACGGUAAGUGUUAGUAAAAAGUAAAAAAUAUAUUAUGCUGUUAUUAUUACAAUUUUAUUUACAAUUAAUUAUGUCAUAAAGUUAAUUGUAUCGAUAAGUAAUUUCAAUUUGCCAAAUAAAAAUGAAUAAAAUCAUUAAUGAAUUUCAGCUUUGAUGUUGAUAAUUGAAAUAGGUUUAUUAAAAAAGUUAGUUACUUUGUACUAGAUUGCUUUUAUCAUAUUAUUUAAUUAAAAAUACAUUACCUACCUACAAUUAUAGCGUUAAUUCUUCAUGCUUAGACACUUUGUUGUAAAAGAUUUAUUAAUGAUAAAGUAAUCUAAUAAUAAUAAUAAAUGUGACUUUAGGCUUCGUUUGCAUUACCUACUUUCUUCUUGUGCAUAAAAAAGUAAUAGAUAAAACUAUUUCUAAAAAGAGAUACUGAUUUAAGUAUUUCCAUUAAAAGUGUAUAGUGUUUAUAAGAGUGAUAAACUCUUACUGAAUUCUUUUUUUCUGUUUAAUCAGGGUACAGAUUACAUGGUCUUUUGUAAUGUUAUACUACCUGUCUCAAUAUACGUAUAUCUACAUAAAUUACACAAAUAUUAAAGGUAGAGGUAUGACUACAGAAGUUUUUUGAUUGCUAUAAUUAUACCUACAUUUAAAUAAACUAUUCAUAUUUUAAUUCUGACUUCUUGAUAUUUUUAAACAUGAAAAUAUGUUAAAAUGUAGACGCGAGAUUUAAUACCAAAUGUAUUGAAUUACAUCAAAACAUAUUUUCGGAAACAUUGUACUUGUACACUUAGUAAAUAAAUUAUUCAUUAUAUCGCUAAGUGAUGUUAUAAUAUUAUUUAAAUCACUGAAUUAGGCUUCUAAAGAUAUCAAAUAUAAAUCUUCAAAACUGUAACUCAUUUUGUGUAGAGCUCUGUUUAAUCAAGUUAGAUAUCUAUUCGAUGUUAAACAUAUUUACCUACAUUUUAUAUAAUAAUAUACAUUGUAUUUACAACUGCACAACUCGUAGUGAAUUUUAUAAAUCAGCACGUACCAAUUAUCGUAAUUUUAUCAUAAUACAUUUCAAUGUACACCUAGGAUAUGUAAUAUUAAUAUUAAGGAGAAAUAAAAUGAUAAAGCAGAGUCAAAGCAACCUGAUAUUUAAGAGAAUUUUAGAAGUGUCACUUGUCGUAUUUAUUCAAUAUUUUAGCUAAGCGUCUACCUAUCGGCAUCGUAUGUAUUGAACAAACGGGUAGGCAUACAUCUACGGAGAAAUUGUCAGCUAUGCCGAUGAACUGGCGUACUUGUGAGAAUUGUCAGCUAUGCCGAUGAACUGGCUUACUUGUGAGAAUUGUCAGCUAUGCCGAUGAACUGGCGUACUUGUGAGAAUUGUCAGCUAUGCCGAUGAACUGGCUUACUUGUGAGAAUUGUCAGCUAUGCCGAUGAACUGGCGUACUUGUGAGAAUUGUCAGCUAUGCCGAUGAACUGGCUUACUUGUGAGAAUUGUCAGCUAUGCCGAUGAACUGGCGUACUUGUGAGAAUUGUCAGCUAUGCCGAUGAACUGGCUUACUGGUGAGAAUUCUAUGAGUACAAAGAAUAAUUAAUGCGAUGGUUCCCUUGCGUAUGAAUACAUCGCAUGCCGAAAGGUAGACGCUUACCUUUACUUGUCAAUCUCUCUCAUAUAUUUAAUGUCGUGAGUGUUUCUGGAUCUUUCUUAUCGAUGUUUAUUGUGAUUUCGUAAUUCUUUAAAUACUCAUUGUAGUGAAAUAUUAUGUGUAUUGAUCCGACGCAAGGAUCAUUUUCAUUAACUAACCUUUGUAUUUUCUGUUGUGUACACAACAACAUAAUUAUUUAUAGAAGGUAAAGAUUCUCAUUCAUUGUAUCGAAUCAUCAUAAAGAUGAGAUUGCUAGAACCCUCUUCAUUUUAAACAUCUAAAUUACAAACAAAUUAUACACAUGAACAAAAUAGAUGUUCCACGUAGGUGGAAAAACAUUCAAAAUAUUUGUAGGAAAAUUAACAUUUAAAGUCUGGGUAUACAAUUUCAAAAUACGAUAUCUAUCACAGUCAAAGUCACAGAGUUAUUGUCAAUAAACGUGAAGUUAAAACACCAGGUAUAUUAUAAAACAUGUAAUGAAAGUACCUAUACGUAUAUACAUAUAAAAUAUAAAAAAUACCCAGUAUCAAACAUAUCGGCAAGUUAGGGGAAGAGAAGUGGACCCAAGGUUGAGAACCACUAAACCAUUACCAUACAUAUCAAUUUAGAAUUUAUAUCUCGUAAGUUUCAAAUAUAAUGUAAUUUUAUAUAUACCUAUAUCGCUGUUGUGUGUUUACUAAUGGACGUAUAUAACCAUUAAGUAUAUAAUAUUAUCCGUUUAUCACUGUUACUCCAUUUACAUAUUAGUGUUUAAGAUAAAAUUGUAGCUAAUGUAUGUAUUUCAAAUAUUUGACAGCAAUAAUAGUGCAAGCAGCCAUGUCCACACUUUUUGGACAUUAAUUACUAUAGCAACUUGUGAGAACUUGAUGUGAAUCAAAAACAUACUUUGAUGGACUUUUCACCUUUUAACUUUACUGUAAUCUUUCAUAUUACAUUUCCUGGACAUUAAUUUUUCAUGUGAGUUAAUGUUUCUUGGCCGUUCAUAUUAACUACUGGGCAUUCAAUGGAGUUCACAGCGAGUUUACAGUCACAUUUGUUAUUUAACCAUAAAUUUAAUGUAGUUUACAGAAUUUUGCAGUAAGGGUGUAUUUAUUUAAUUUAAGUUUAUUUAAAAUAAAGUUAUGUAUGGAUA